UUACACUCUUUAGCAGAUAAUCUGUUAGUAGUGGACAGUAGUGAGGUAGGGGCGGGCACUCCUGUAACACAGAACCUCACGUGCAACAACGGAAGACGAUAGUAGCAGACGACACGCUGAACCAUCACGAUCAUAGCAGACGACAGUAUCUCGGUCUACAUAUAUAAACAUUGCAUCAUAUAAGUGUAACUUUUAAGCGAGAGACAGAACUUCUUCGACUCUCCAAGAUGAAUCCAUAUGCAUUCCGUGGUUGGCAUUUGCCUACAGCUUACAGUGAAUCUUCAAAUUGUGAUCGAAACUAUUCGGUGUAUCCGGCAUCAUGGACUUCGAGUUAUUUCGGCUCGCCGGCAGCGGUGUACCCUUUCCAGCCAGAAAAUACGAAACAGACAAAUAAUAAUGAUUGGAAACUUCAAAAUGUUUGUUCUUCCCCACAAGACUCUACAAAUAACGCACAAUCUAUCGUCAGAGACUCGAAUUCUUUGAAACAAGGUUAUGAAGGACUACUUUAUAAAUCCAAUUCCUGUCGGGGAGAGAUGGAAUUGGGCAACCGGGAAGAAUGUUCGCGAAAUUGUUGUGCCAUCUCAUGCACGUGCAAUAAUAACCAGCAGCGUCUAAAUGUUAUAGAUAAUACCUGGAGAAGUUCGGAAGUUCCGGGAACUCUGGAUUUCAAUAAAACACCCAGCGUCUCACCAUAUCAGAGUUUUUACCAAAGAGAUAUGCAACAAUCUAUCCAUUUACCAUCAACAUCAAUAGCACCGACUACUGUUACAUUACGCAAGAGAAGAAGACCUUAUUCGAAAUUUCAAAUCGCCGAAUUAGAACGGGAGUAUAAUUCAUCAACAUAUGUUUCAAAAUCACGACGAUGGGAAUUGUCGCAAUUGAUCAACUUAUCGGAACGACAGAUCAAAAUAUGGUUCCAAAAUCGCCGUAUUAAAGCCAAAAAAAUUAUCAAGAGAGAUGACGUCACUACAAUUUCACACAUGGGAAUGCCACAGCCAUCUUGAAAUUUAAUCGGCAUACUUACAAAAAAAUUGAACAAUCGGACUAAUUAAAGGGACGUUCCUGAAGCGCCCGUGAUUUGGGUAUAAUUUCUGUGGUGUCUCUUUUAUGCACCAUCUUGCAUAAAACGAAAGUAGCUACAUAUGACACUACAAUUUCUUAUCAAUGAAUGCCUUAACUAUCUUGAAAUUGAAUCGAUGUUUUUGUUAAAAUAUCAACAAAAAAAAACCAAGAAAAAACUUUUACCAAGACGGUUUAGGUGUCAUUUGUAUGAUGUUCUUGCAUCAAAUAUGAUUCGAAGAGAAGCGCUGAUGAAUGCAACAAGAGGAUUGAAUGGCUAUGAAAUUCACCAAAAUACAGUAACCUUAUUCUGCUGGUUUGAUGAUGCUACCUUCGUUUCUGGUUUUUUUUAUACAUUUUAUAAAAGGCCCGAAUACGUUCAGGGAAAUAAAUUCUCGAAAUAACAAACGUGAGAAACUCAAUCCUUUCUUUAAUCAAAUUAUUGUUUGAAAUAUUCAAGUACAAAUUAUGGCAAUGUGUCUCGCAACUGCAAUAUCUCGUGUAGUGUGUCAAUAUUAUGAAAUCCCCAGCCCCACACAAAGAUCCCCUCCAUUAUUUGUAUUUGUAUUUCUUCAAUCGAAGCAGGACUCUUUGGUUGAUUGUGAUUGGUCGAUGGACGACUCGCGGCGUAUGAAUAUUUCCUUGGCAUCAAUAGUAUUUAUUAAGGUAACUAAAAUUUAUAAUUAAUCAAUCUGCAUAGAUAUUUUGUUCGGCAAUGUCUAUGAAAACCAUAAACGACUGUCAAAAUUGUGAUAAGUAUUAUGAUACAAGGUUGAUAUUUAUCGGUUAUUCAAUGGCGAUUUGAAAAUGGUUGAAUUCAACAUCAUAAUUAUUUAACCUUGGUCAAAUCUCCAAAGAACAACCUUUGAGGUUUUAAUAAGGCGUGUUUAUCACAUAAUUGGAACAUGGCAGACAUAUUCGAUAAUAAACUAUUUGUUAAAUGAACAUU